AUGAGUCAAACCCCACAAAAAUGGACAAGAACCAUCAUCCACGAGCUCUUCCAAUGGAACUCUGCAAUUGCUCAGAAUGCCUCCCAAAAUCCCCAGUAUUCUCUCUCAAUCUAUAAACAAGUGCAAGCACAGGGUAUCUCACCAAACAACUUCACAUUCCCACCCUUACUGAAAGCCUGCGCCACUCUUGGCUGCCUUCGCACCUCACAACAAAUACACGCACAUGUCGCCCGCCGUGGCUUUGCUUGCGACAGGUUCACCCUCGCCGCCCUUAUCGAUGCUUACGGCAAGUGUGCCAACGCUGAUGAUGCGAACCGAUUGUUUGAAGAAAUGCCUCAACAAACAGUGGAUCUCAUUUCGUGGACUGCUCUCCUUUCUGCUUUCUCUUCAAACGGUUAUACCAGAGAAGCAUUUGAAGCAUUUUCACGGAUGAGACACUCAGAGGAUCCUGAGUGCUCCAAGGGUGAUGUAGUUAGCAUCUGUGCGCUUAUAUCGGCCUGCACUGUCGCCCAUGAUUUGAAUUACGUGCCCCAUGGCCGAGCUGUCCAUGGACUUGCCUUUAAGUAUGGAUUUGAGUUGAAUACCCGCCUGGCAAAUUCUCUUGUACAUAUGUUUUCUGAAUUUGGAGCAAUGGAAGUUGCAUUGAAAGUGUUUGAUAGGAUUCCAAUCGAAUGUAGGGACGUGGUCUCAUGGAAUACUUUGAUUUCUGGGUUUGCAUUGAAUGGAGAACCAGAACGAGCAUUGCAAACAUUUGAGGAUAUGAUAUCGUUGGGGUCAGUGGCAGUAGCACCGAACAGAGUGACCAUUAUUGCUCUCUUGAAGUCUUGCGCGGAGCUGGGUUGCGUUGAGAGGUCUCGAUGGGCCCAAAAUUACGUAUCUGUUCAUCGUUCCUCGCUCAUAUCUAAUGAUAUUGUGGUCUUGACGGCUUUAAUUGAUAUGCACGCCAGGUGUGGAAAUUUGGAGUGGGCAAGGAGGAUCUUUGACGGAGUUGAAGUGAAGAAUGUUGUCUGUUGGAGUGCCAUGAUUGCAGGAUAUGAGCAGAACUCGAGCCCUGAAGAAGCUCUCCGGCUUUUCCGUAAAAUGCUAUUGGAAGAUUAUAACCAGGCUGUUAAAGUUCAACCCAAUGCAGUGACCAUGAUGACUGUCUUUGCAGCUUGUGCAGCUCUUGGAAGCUUUAGGCUAGGGAAGGUAUUUCACAAGUAUGCUGUGUCCACAGGAAUAGACCGUGAUGCCCGAGUUGCUUCUGCACUCAUCGACAUGUAUGCAAAAUGUGGGGAUAUAGAACCUGCAAGGCAGAUUUUCACUGAGAUGGAUGACUCGAGCAAAACCUUAGUUUCAUGGAGUACUAUGAUUGGAGUGGAAGGCCUUCAUGGGGAAGGACGCCGUGCCCUUAAUCUUUUAUCCAAAAUGCGGACCUUUGGAUUACAACCCAAUGAAGUUACUUACAUUUCAGUUUUGUCUGCAUGUAGCCAUGCCGGUUUGGUUGAAGAAGGUAAGUCCUGUUUUAGUAGCAUGUUGAGAGAAGAUAGGGUCUUGCCUACUGCAAAACACUAUGCUUGCAUGGUUGAUCUCCAUGGUCGAGCUGGUCAACUUGAUGAGGCAUAUGACCUCAUUCGAGGCAUGCCUGUUGAAGCUGAUGUAGCUGUGUGGGGUUCUCUGCUUGCAGCUUGUCGCCUUCAUGGAAAUUCUGAGCUUGGAGAGGUCAUCGAGAAGCAGAUUUUAAAUUUGGACUCACAUUCUGUGGGGCAUCGUGUGCUACUGGCAAACAUAUAUGAGGAUGCAGGUAGAUGGAAUGAUGUAAUCAGGAUGAGAGUUGACUUAAAAAGGAGUGGAUUACGGAAGAUUGCAGGGCAGAGCUUCAUUGAUGUUGGAGAAGAAGUGUAUAGCUUUGUAGCAGAGGAUCGAUCUCAUCCUGAAUCUGAUAAGAUAUAUGAUGAACUAAAUGCUCUUGAUGUAAAGGUGAAGAAUGCCGCCAAGUUUGCUAGAGAAAGCUAUACGGAAGGGGAAGAAGAUGAUAUAGAAGAAAUAAUUGCGAGAUGCAUGUAUCACAGUGAGAGAUUGGCCAUAGCUUAUGGGUUGAUGAUAAUGAACAGAAGUAGCUCCAGUAGCAGCAAUGACAGAAAUAACAGUGAAACAGCCAAAAAAACUUCAACCAAUCCCAUUCGGAUCACAAAAAACCUUCGUGUUUGCAGGGAUUGCCAUUUCUACACAAGACUAGUAUCUAAGGUUACAAAGAGAGAGCUUAUUGUGAGAGAUGCUCGUCGUUUUCACCACUUCAAAGAUGGGUGCUGUUCAUGCCAGGAUUACUGGUGA